GAACUUCAUCUUGACAUCUAGUUCUUCGGCAAACAGUGCAAUUAAUCAACCGGACUACCCAUAGGCUCAUUAUAGUCUUAUUCUAAUUCAAGGCACCCGUAAGCCAAUACGGCUGAGGGCUCUACGAAACAUUAACAAGUAGUGCUGUAAUACUGACAUCUAUUCACUCUGAGUUGUUGGACAUCUUUGAUAUCAUCUGGCCCGGGAGUUCUGUACUUACCAGCAAACACCAAUAAUUGAAAGAUUCGACGAAUUACACCUUCAGUCGGACUCGUUCAAUCGCCGGUGUUAUGGUCUGUCCCGAUUGUUUUGCUGGCUAUGAGAAGCCUGAAGUUGAUCCCAAAGGCUAUGUGACCACACUCCACGGCCUUCAAACCUACGUCGUCGAACCCGAAGGCGAAGUGAAGGGCAUCAUCGUUAUGGUCCCGGACGCUUUCGGUUGGGUAUUUGCUAAUAAUCGUGCUCUUUGCGACAAUUAUGCCAAGAAGAGCCAAUGCAGAGUUUAUCUCCCUGACUUCAUGCAAGACACGCCCGUGUCCGUGACCAUCCUCCCUCUUCUCAACAACAUCUUGCGCAAAAACAGCUGGUGGAACACGCUCUGGAAACCUUUAUACGUCGCACAAGCAAUCUACGGCAUGGCGCCCUUUAUCUACUAUAACCGCUUCGGCAGCUCCUGGCCUAUCGUGAAGUCCUUCUUCACCUCCCUGCGAACUCAUGAAGCUGCCUCACUUCCCAUCGGCGCUGCCGGCUUCUGCUGGGGCGGCAAGCAUAUUUUUAAUCUAGCUCAUGGACAUCUCGCACCGAACUCUAAGCCUCUAGUCGACGCUGUAUACACAGCGCACCCGUCUAACCUGGCUAUUCCAGCUGAGAUCGAGAAGGUGGUCAAGCCGGUCAGUUUGGCAAUGGGAACGCAAGACUUUGCUUUGAGUGUCGAGAAAACGAAGGAGAUCGAGAAGGUGUUGAAGGGGAUUGAGGAGAGGGAGGGAGUGGAGAGUGAGGUCGUGUUCUAUGAGGGUGCGGGUCAUGGGUUUGCCGUCAGAGCAGAUCCAGGUAAUAAGGAGGUGGGAAGGAUGGCGGUUGCCGCGGAGGAUCAAGCUGUGGAGUGGUUUAGGAAGUGUUUUGCAAAAGUGGCCUAUUAGGUCUAGUAGGGCUUUCGGUCGAUGUGCUAUCUCAUUAACACGCUAUGUGGAAUGAGAAUAACAAUGCUCUUUCGUGAGUUGUAGGUAUUCAUAAGGCGCAUAUUUCCCACUCCCGUUCCCUCCACAAGCAGACGGAGUAGACGAGUAACACACAGCAUAGAGACUCUGACAAACAAUGAGAUCCUCGAGGUUCGAGGACCCGAG